AUGCCCAAGCCCAAAGCCAAACUCCUCUUCUACGUUCCCGGCCUCGCGCCAGCUCUCCUCUCAGCCAUCAAAGAGCUUCUCAGCCCCGAUUUCUGGACCCUCUAUCUUGUUCUCGUCUACGAAGUCCUCGCCGAAGGAACCAACCAGAAGCAGUACGCACAGGCACUUUGCUACUUCUGCCCUAGGCACCGCGAUAUCGUGCUUUUCCAUAAUGACCUCGCGAAGUUGACUCAUAGCAAGAUGUGGGCGAAGGCCAAAGGGGAUGCAUAUGCGAAACUACCGCGGGGGCAGGCGCCGACGAAGGUGCCUGACGUUGUUCGCGAAGGAUAUAAAGCACUGAGAGAGAGGUUUGUGGAAUAUUCGCAGCCACGAGAGCGAGAGGCUGAGGCAGCCGUGGAAGGUGGAGCGGAUGAGGAUGCGAACAUGGAGGAGGCGGACGAACAUCAGGAUGACGAGGAGAUGGAUAAGGAACUCGAUGAGUUUGGACUUACGCCGGGAAACUUCACCAUCAUCGGGAUGGAGCCCAGUGUGAUUCUUGCGCGCUGCGAAGCCAUGGAGUAUCUGGAAGGCCUCAACCCAUUUGGAGCGAAGUCCCAGGAGUGUAUGGAUAAGCUGGCGGAAUCCAUUGCGGAGUUUGGUUUGGGCUAA